AUGAGCUCCAUUGACACAAUUUUGCAAGAGUUCCGAUUUGAGCGUGUUCUCUCCCACGAUACUCGUACAAAGCUUCUGUUCGUACUUGGGCAGAUCAAUGGCGAGAACUGCAUUCUCUCGUUUGAGAAAUCGCAGUAUACCGAUGAGGACAUUCCACAACUGGCCUGCCAAACGCACGGUUUGACUGACAUUACCCAAAACGACAUUUAUGGUUGGGCUUCGGCUAGAAUCACUACCGUGAAUCCAGACACACGAGUGAAAAUCAUUUAUCCCGCCACCGAUUUGCAUAUCCGUAAAUACGAGCAGCAGGCGCGUUUUCUUAUCCAGGAGACUCCCGAACUAUUCAAAAUGAUCACGUGGCCUUACAUUCAAAGCUUGGAUCCAUCGAGAAUUCAGUGGGUAUACAACAUUCUUGAAGGCAAGUCGGAGGCGGAACGAGUCAUUUAUCGUGAUACCGAUCCAAAGACGGGAUUUGUGAUUUUGCCGGAUAUGAAAUGGGACGGUUCCAAAGAAUCGCUGUAUUGGGUAGUCAUUGCAGCACGGGACGAUAUCUAUUCCCUUCGAUCACUGACACCAGACCAUCUUGACUUGCUGAAAAACAUCCGACAAAGGGCAUGCCAACUGGCGGAAGAGAAGUUUGGGCUGAAACAAAAACAACUGCGCUUAUUUGUCCAUUAUCAACCGAGCUAUUACCACUUUCACGUUCACGUCACCGCUGUAUCUUUUGCUGAUGCCCCAGGCGUCGUGGCGGGUCAAGCCCACUUGCUGGAUACAGUUAUUGAUAACCUGCAGUUAAUGGCGGACUAUUACCAGCGCGCCACGCUCCCGUUUGUUGUUGGUGAACGGCAUCCUUUGUGCAUUGCUUAUCAGGCCCAGGAAGAUGGGAUUGAACGCCAGGAGUAA